UUCUUCUCGACGCAAGCUACAACAACUUUGAGUAAUAGAAAGCCAAGUAUCGCAACAAUGCAGCUAUUUCACACACUUCUAGUUCUGCUCGCUAGCACCCUUGCUACUGCACAGCUCCCAAAUAUCCCUUCAUGCUCUAUAAACUGCUUCAUCAGUGCAUUUCAGCACGAUGGAUGCUCACAGUUGACAGAUUUUGCUUGUCAUUGCCAGAAGCCAGAUCUUCCUACCACCAUAACCCCCUGCGUCCAAAAAGCAUGCAACGUUGCCGACCAGUCUGCUGUAUCUAGUGAAGUCGUCCGACAAUGUUCCAUCGCAGGCCAUCCUAUUUCUAUCCCUCCAGUGGGCGGUGGCCUCGAGACUACGACCUUGUCUAUGCCCAGGACUUCCACUACUGAUUCAGAAGCUGUCUCAUCAAGCGCUGCAUCAGCGACGCUUCCGACAGUAUCCUCCUCCAGUGCUGCACCGUCUUCCAAGGUGUCGCAUUCCUCGUCCGCAUCUGCAUCAGCGUCGGCAUCUAGCUCCCACGCUCCUUCAACUCCAGGCUCACACAGUCAGUCUGGUCAUGCAUCGUCCACAGCAUCUCCAUCCUCCCCCCUUUCAACUGGCUCUGCGUCGACUGUAAAGGCGGGUGUAGCUGGGGCUAUGGUUAUUGCUGCUGCUGCAGUGUGCGUGCUAUAGUCAAACUUACGGUGUAGCAAGGCAGACUGUUGGAUUCUUCCAUGGAGUAUGAGAAGUGGAUAGCAUGUCUCUCCUUCUGCUAUUUUGCUGCUGGUGACGUCUCUCGGAUACUUUUCGGUUGUUAUUCUUACUUCUGUUCCACUGGGUACUCCCCAAUAUGGGUUCUUACUGAGCCCCAUCCAUGUCUCUACAUGGUCUUAAUAUUAUUGAUGUCUUGUCUAAGAAAAAGCCCUUAAUUGAUUUUGAAAUCAUCUUACUGCCUAUA